UUCUGAUGUGCCCUUUUUGAGCAGUGAAAUUCUGUGGCUUAACUGCCACAGAGAAUAAUGGCAGAGGGGGUGAUUCUUUUAGCGGUGACGAAGAUUGGCACUGCUCUGGGAAAUGAAGUGAUAAACAAAGCUGGUCCGCUGUUCAGAAACUUCAAAGCACAGGUAGGAGAACUCCAAGGUGGAAUGAGCCGUAUAAGUUGCGAGCUCAGGCUGAUGCAUGAGUUUCUUUGUACGAUGGAUAUACGCAAUCGGAAGGACCAAGUAUAUGGAAUUUGGAUGGAGGAAGUGCAGAAAGUAGCACACCGGAUUGAGGACAUAGUAGAUGAGUAUCUAUUCCUGGUAGGGCAGAGACAUGACAUUGGAUGGAGGUUUUAUCUGAUGAAAGGAUUCAAGCAACCAGAAGCUUUGCUUUCUUUAAACCGGAUAGUCUCUCUGAUAAAGGAAGCAGAGGCCAGUCUUCUGCACCUCUUCCAAGCAAAAGACCGAUGGGUUCCAAUGGCAAACAACGGCCCUGCUGAUAACUCUGGCUAUAUUGUUGAGAGGUCCCAACAUCUUGCAAGCACUUCUCAUUCUAUUAGUGAUGAAGAUCUUGUGGGGGUUGAGAAAAACAAAAAAGACCUACUGGAGUGGCUAACAGUAACAGAUAAUGAGAUGGAAGGCUCUACAGUAGUACUGUAUGGCAUGGGAGGCCUUGGCAAAACUGCUCUAGCUGCAAAUGUGUAUAAACAGCAGAGAGAAAACUAUGACUGUCAUGCAUGGGUAUCUGUCUCACAAACAUAUUCGCCAAUAGAUCUCUUGUGGAAACUAUUUAAGGAACUUCAUCGUGAUGGGGAAACUGCUCCGACCGAGAUCAAUACAAUGGACUUGAUCUAUAUAAAAGGUAAACUCAGCAAGUUUCUAGAGCAAAAGAAAUACCUGAUUGUGCUGGACGAUGUCUGGAAACAGGAAGCAUUCAAUGAUUUGCUAGGAGGACUUGCCCCAAAUACUAAAGGAAGCAGAAUAGUCAUUACGACGCGCAAUGACGAUAUAGCUAAGCUGGCGUCCGAAGGACGUGCACUAAAAAGUGAAUGCUUGCCAUAUGAUGAGUCAAGGUUACUCUUCUGUAAAAAAGCUUUUCGGAUGGAUGAUUGCCCUGCCGAGCUGGAGGUCCACACAAAGGAGAUAGUGGAUAAAUGUAAUGGUUUGCCCCUUGCUAUUGUCUCGGUUGGAAGUCUCUUGUUUGUGCGCGAGAAGAAUCCAACAGAAUGGAAACGAAUCCAUGACCAGCUAGGUUGGGAGCUAGCGCAUAACCCAGGGCUUGAUGAUGUGAGGAAUACUUUGUAUUUGAGCUUCAUAUACCUUCCUACAUACCUGAAGAGUUGUUUUCUGUACUGUGCCUUGUUUCCAGAGGACUGCACUCUUCACAGGAAGGUGCUCAUCAGACUAUGGAUUGCAGAGGGGUUCAUUGAGGAAAGGGGUCAUAGUACAUUGGAAGAAGUUGCAGAAGGCUAUUUGAACGAGCUUGUCCACAGAAAUAUGCUGCAGCCUCUGGAAUGCAACUCAUUUGGCAGAAUAAGAUCUUUCAAAAUGCAUGACAUUGUUCGUGAGUUGGCAAUUGAUUUAUCCCAGAAAGGAAGUUUUGGUCUUGCAUAUGAGUAUGGGAAUCAUGGUAUCCUGGACACAAACACUCGUCGCUUGGUUGUAUCUAAAUGCAGCACUGAUAUUUUGUCACAUUUACAGCUACCUCGUCUUAGAUCUUGCAUCAUAUUUGAUAAGGCCAUGCCAUCAUCCAGAAUACUUGAUUCUGUAGCAGAUAAGUCUAAGUACAUUGUAGUCCUGGAACUACGUGGCUUGUCGUCCAUUGAGCAAGUACCAAGUGCUGUUGGGUGUCUUUUUAAUCUGCGUUAUUUUGGAUUGCGCGAUUCAAAGGUGAAGAUCCUCCCAAAGUCUAUCGAGAAGCUCUCCAACUUGUUGACAUUGGAUAUUUUCAACAAUAUGAUACAAGAAUUGCCUCAUGGGAUUGUCAAGCUGAAGAACUUAAGGCACUUACUUGUUGAGAGAAUUGUAGAUCCGUCACAUCGAGCUUUUAUAUGUCGCCAUGGUAUGCGCAUCCAGAAGGGUCUAUCAAAUUUGACUAAUUUGCAGACGCUGAAUACAAUUGAAGCACGAGAAGAUUCUAUUAAAGAGCUGGGGGAGCUGAAGCAACUAAGGAGCUUGAGGAUAAGUAACCUGAAGGAAACCCACUGUGCGCUUUUUUGCAAGUCCCUCUUGAAGAUGCAACUCUUGAAUCAAUUACAUAUUACCAUGAGUGACAAGGAUGGAAUUCUUCAGUUGAAUGAGCUGAAAACCCCACCCCUCAACCUUCAGAAACUCAUUCUAAGAGGGAGAUUGGCAGAAGAGACAUUUCAGUCUCCUCUUUUCCAGAAAGGAGGAAAGAAGCUAUGUGGACUAUAUCUUGUUUGGUCGUGUCUGCCAGAAGAUCCCCUCCCAUCCAUCUCAGGAUUGGAUAACCUGACAGAGCUGCAUCUUACAGAAGCAUUCGUCGGGAAAAAAUUAACAUUCAAUAAGGGAUGGUUCCCCAAUUUGAAGUCUCUGAAACUGCGUGACUUGCCUUCUCUAAAUAAGCUAAAGAUAAAGAAAGGUGCCAUGGCAAGCCUCCAUAUUUUGCAGCUAGUGAACCUGAGAAAAUUGAAGGAUGUUCCAGCUGGCCUUGAGUUUCUUACAACCCUCCAAAGUCUAAGUUUUCUCCAUAUCACUGAAGAGUUCCUUGUGUUGCUGAAUGAAUAUUCUGGGAUUAAGGAGAUCCCGGUGUGGUAUUCUAUAGAAGAUCAGCCUGUGACAAGGAAAUGAUUAACCUGGUCUCCUCAAGCAGAACACCAUUAUUGCGUAAGUCUGGGCUACAGCAUCCUGCAUACGGCCACUUGUCAACUGCCUCGAUGAUCCUUUCCAAUAUUGGUGCAUGAACAAUAUGAAAUAAUUGCGGGGUUCCUAUUAUCUUAAGUUCUUGGUGUAUUCUGCGUGCAGAAUAAAAAUGUUCAUAUUUUGGUUUGAAUUAAAUUAAUAAUUUGGUGGGUAUGGCACCCCACUGGCAUAUACUGUUCCAACGACUGUUGAAUCAUUCAUGGAGCGAAUUGCCCUUCAAUGUUACAGCCAAGUAUUGUAUCAUUCAGUGAACAUGGUGUACUGAAUGUUUUAUUACUGCUUGUAUGUUUUUCAUCU